AUGUUCUCCCUGAAGAAGUGGAACGCGGUGGCGAUGUGGAGCUGGGACGUGGAGUGCGAUACCUGCGCCAUUUGCCGGGUGCAGGUCAUGGGUGAGACAGAGCACGGGGGGAAUCAAUUAGUGGGGGCACCGGGCAUCCUGGGCCGUUUCCGGUCAGAUAAAGGCUAUUGGGAAUGUUGCAGGAAGUCAAAACAUUCAGACCCAAAACUUCACUUAAAAUUAUUAUUAUUUUUUUUUUUUUAAAUGCCUGAAGGGAGAGGGUCUCAGGAUUGACCCAGUGGUUUCUGGUGCCUAAACCAAUCAACAGCUGCAGAGCCCUUUAAUCUCCUUAAAGGGACAUUCUAGGGACCAUAACUACUACAACAUACAGUAGUGGUUAUGGUGUCUGGCGUCAACACGCUCUGUCUGCGCGUAAUUUGUCAGUAUGAACUUAUGUCUUAUCAGAAUGGAAGGAGUGUGGGUGUCCGACGCAGCAAGCUGAGUGUCAGACCAUUGGUAAACACUUUUUGAAAAAUGUAGAUGACAAUAACUACAACAGCGCACAGUAGAGGUUAUGGCGCUAAAGUGUCCCUUUAACUCAGGCUUCCCACAACUCCUAUGAUUCUCAGCCUAUCGAUUCUUAAUUCAUAGAUUAAUGGGAGUUGUAGUUCUGCAACAUCUGGAGGGCCGGAGUUUGGGGAAACCUGCUUUAACCCCUUAAGGACGGAGCCAAUUGUACAAGUUGUGAUCAAAAGAAAACGUAAACAAAACCCGGAAUUUGCGCUAUAGGUGGUUCAACCAUUAUUCACUUCGUUCAUAUUAAGUGCACCCACACAUAUUAUUCUAUAUCAUUUUGUUCAGGAGCAUCAGGGCUUUCAUUACAUAAAAUCUAAAAAUGUGUGACAAAUUAAGAAAUUUUGUUAUUUUUCAAGUUCUGCAUGACAUUUUAACUGUGAAUGUCAUAAGGCUGUUGGAUUUUAGUGCAAUUAAAUACACAUAUUUGUAUUCAGAAAUGUCUCAAGUGUACAACAGUAUCCUCUCUGAUUCUGUGAUGAAUGUAAUUCCUGCCUGUCUGACUGACAGGACUUGUUGGUGGAGCUACAAGUUCCAAGAUCAAGCCGUUUUUGGCAGCUCGACAAAUUAGUCAAAGGGGUACAGGGACAAUACCCUGGCACCAUAACCACUUCAAUAAGCUGAAGUGGUUAUGGUAUAUACAUAGCUUGUCCCGUUAUUCAUUACAUAACCAUCCAGAGUAGACCUAUCUUUGCCAUGACACUAUACACUUGGGAAAGAGAAAAAUAAACCAUGGGGCAUAGUGUCCUGUUCCGAAAAGUGGGGCAAAGUUACAAAGGGAAGGAGUUACCAAUGAAGUGUGCCUGCUGGCUGCACUGGUUUCUGUAGUGAUCGCCCCACUUUUAGUAGUUUGCUCCAUUUGUUUGCAUGCGGCAUUUUGAUACAAAUACCCAAUUAUUCCUCUUCUCAUCUCUCUAUACUGUAAAUGAAAGAUCUUCUAACUGUGCUUGACAGGGAGCAAAGAUGAAGGAGCUCGGUUUAGUAGUAGUUCAGUGUAGUACUGUGGAUUUAUGCAUUCAAUUAGAUUUUUCAGUCUUUACAAAUGUGUUCAAGUGGGCAAGUGAUUGUAUAAUUAGAAAUCAUGGAUAGUGGCUCUUACCUUUUAAUGUAAUGCCACAAUGAUUGCCAUGACUGGGAUCAAACAAUCCAAGCAGCCUCCUAAUAUGAUGGAUGGGAGAUGGCACUCUUGGCAAUAUUAUUUUUUUUUGUAAAUCUGAUUUCUUGGCAAUAUUCCAAAGGAUAAAGAAAGGUCAUAUUUGGCAGUGCAGGUAGUAUGGGUAACCUUCAUUUGCAUUAUUGUGAAAUGCUGAAAGAGUUAAUCUAAGCACCAUGACCACUUCAGCGUUUUGAAGUGGUUGUGGUGCUGGAGUCUGUAUGUGCAGUAUUUCGGUAUAAAACGUAGCACAUAUAGAAAUACAAAAUUUUUCAGGAAAGGCAGACAGGGAUAAGUGUGUGGGAUGCUGGCAAUUGACGUCCUACAACUAUCCCACCCCCCAUGGUAUUCAUGAGCUUUAUGGAGGCCGCCACUCUAUUUUUCAGCUUACAGAACUAGAAUAGGGUUCUGGCUUAAAGACACUCCAGGUACCAAUACAACUUUAAUGCAUUUGAUAGAGUUUAGCCUCAUUUACAUGGAAUUGUUUUUUUUUGUUUUUUUUGUCUCUCUGAUUGGGCUGGGAGAAAGAAAAUGUAACUAUGGCUUGUGUGCUUCUUUUCAGAUGCCUGUCUGCGCUGUCAAGCUGAGAACAAGCAGGAGGAUUGUGUAGGUAUGGUAAUAAUAUUUCAAUAAUUGAAGUCUCCUAAUAUAGUGUGAGCAGACUUCCUUCAUCUUAUACAGAGAAAAUGCACCUUACAGGUGCCAAUCCUCAUCUUUCAAUUAAAAUGGAGGAUGCUAAUUAAACAGUUUACUCAGGACUUAAAGUAAACAUGUCAUGACGUAAUAGAGGCAAAGCAAAGCUGCAGUGUCUGAGUUUUUCAUAAUUUCUUGUUCAAUGUGCAGACAAUGACGAUGUCUGUUUGCACUUUUCCUAUUUUGUAUUCUCAUGCUUGAUCCUACAGUUCAUGUCCCUUGGAGGCUGUGACAGCGCUCCCAUACUCCAACUGAGUAUGUCCUUCAGAUCAGCUUCCUAGCUGUUAUCUAGGACACUGGAGCACUUCAGACCCUGUUGCGGAAACUUGACUAGGCUUUGAGGACCUCUUCCACCUAACCAGGUUACAGCUCUCUCCUUCCAGCCAGGAAUCAACCCCACUGCCUUAUCUGUUCCUCUCCAAGGCAGAUAUUGACACAUCUGCCUACACUGUCUCCAAGUUGCCUUUUUACAAAAGCACUUGUGACUGUCAAGCCUAGCUCUUCAUAAUUCACACUGGGACUUAGGUGCAACCAGGCCCAAGAACUCUGUUACAGGGAUCCCUGAACAAACCUAGCAGGAACACAGUUCCCAAUGGAACUAAUAUACAAUAUUUAAUUGUCACUUAGGACAAGCCCCUAUCCGCAUUACAUUUUACUUACAGUGACACACUCAACCAAUACAUAUAACCAAAUCAUAUGGGGAAUCAUACAGGCUCUCAUAAUAACACAAUACAAUAUUCAUACAAGUGUGGGGAAGACCAUAACUAACCAGAAAUAUCUCCUUGCAGAAACCAUAAUAUGCAAAUCUACCUGAAUAUGUAAAUUAUUGAGUCUUGCUAUUCACAUAAUGCACAUAACAGUUGCAACCAACAGGUGGCGCUGCAUAUAACUGUUGCAAGAUCUUCACAACCAACAGAUGGCGCUGUACUGACUCCAUGGCCAAAUCCACCUAAUUGGUGGAGAGCAUCAGCAGGAUAGGAGAGCAUACAAAACAUUUAACAAAUAACAAUAAUACACACCCUGUACCUAUAAUGGACACAGGGUGACUUAAACAUGAGUCAUCCAGGGACCUAUAUGAAGUGUAUAUGAAGUGAUGGUGACUAUCACAGAGGUAUUCUAGCUGUGUGCUCAACAAGUUUUUAAUAUUAGCAUUGCUAGUAGUUUUUUUAAUUUUAUUUUUUAAUCAAUUUACAAAAUGCAAAGUGAGUAAACAGAUGUAAAAUCAAAAGCAAUCAAUAUGUGGUAUAACCAUACCUAGGCUUCAAAAUAGCAUAAUUUCAUGCACACAGUUUUGUAAGUAACUCUACAGGUUGGUCUUUCCAAAUAUCCCAGAGAGCUAAUCACAGUUCUUCUGUGGAUUUAAAAAAAACCUCAGUUAUUUCUAAUUGUGACUUAACAGUCCAGAGCACCCGCUGCUAUUUCCUGUACCUCAGUUGCUGUAUUUUGAUGCCUAGUUGAGUUGCACGGCCUUUUUUCUUAGUGAUGUUAGGUUCAGUUAGGUAAUAGCCUUGUGCGGUGCCAUGGUAAAUAUUAUUAGUAGCAUUUUUCAUUAUUUUUCUUACUUCUUUAAUUUUUAUUGACCUUGCUUUCUGAGAUGGUAUAUAGGAUCUAGGUUAGCUGAUAUUUCUCUAGCUUACCCUCCAUUUGCUCCCAAGCAACCUCAUACACUCUCUUUGGAAAGGUACCUAUAGGACUAAGGGCUUUCUGUUUGGUGGAGCCUAUGGAUAGUAAAUACCAUUGGUAUUCCUUACAUAUUCUCUCCACUUUUUAUCUAUUGUAUAAUAUAAGGGGUCUGCUGCUACUUCCCUUUAAGGGAUACCUACCUGCCCGGGGGUGAAUUUUAUCAGGUGGAUAUCCUUUAUACCAGACAUUUUUAACGACGGAACCCCAAUUUUGUUCUUGCAGAACACCAAUUGGGAAACGCUGCCCUAGAGCAAUAUAGAGGAACAUGAAAAUCUGUCCUAAACCACUGCAUUGCAUCAUUUUAUUUGUAGUGCUUCAUUUGUCAUGAAAUAUCGGAAGAUCAUACUAUUCAUGCCAAACCAUUUUGAAAUAAACUGUUACCUGCAAAAUACAAUUUGAUUUGCAGGAUAGGACUAAGUGAGUGAAUAAGUGCUCUGUUGAUAAAUGAACAGUACGUUUGCCUUAUUAAUCAUUGUCAUUGUUUAAUAUAUUUAUCUUUUUAUUACAGUGGUUUGGGGAGAAUGUAACCACUCUUUUCACAACUGCUGCAUGUCCCUGUGGGUGA